AUGGCUCCCAUAACCUCAACCAGAGGAGCCACACCCGCAGCUGACGACUCAUUCACGCAAAUGGCCGACACAGAUCUAGAGUCAAUCGGCCGCCACUGCCAAUUCGAAUACUGCGGCCAACUCGACUUCCUCCCCUUCCGCUGCGAAUCCUGCAGAAGUACAUUCUGCCUAGACCAUCGCUCCGAAACAGCGCAUAAAUGUCCCCGCGAAGGCGAAUGGGCUCGCCGCCGGAACGCAAACCAAAAAGAGAACCUGCCUGCUCCUGAAAAGCCGAACAUCUACAACUCAGACCAGUGCUACCAGGUCUCCUGUAAAACACUCAUUAAUACACUCAAAGAUCCCGGUGUGCGCUGCCCAAACUGCAACAGGGAAUACUGCUUGAAACAUCGGUUACGGGAGGAGCACGAAUGCGCCAAGCUUACCCCGCUAGGCGCACGACAAGGCAACGGUCCAACACCCAACCAAACGAUUAAGUCAAUGUUUGCGCGCGUGCGGGACUGGGGGAAGGAUAAGCAGGUUACGAGCGCGAACUUGAUUCCGAAGACCAAGCCCAAGCCGAAUAGCCCUGCUGCGAGGGCGGCGAGUGUUAUUACCAUGAAACGGUCGGCGAAGGGCGAGGCAGGCGUUCCGGCGGAUAAGAGGUUGUAUCUACAUACUGUUGGGACGGCGGAUACACAAGCUACAGAGCCUCCAUCUGGUGAUUUCUAUUUCGACUCUCGGUGGAAGGUUGGCCGAGUUCUCGACGAUGCGGCAAAGAGGUUACGAGUUGAGAACUUGAAUAAUCGGACUGGAGGGGAGGGAGAGAAGUUGAGGAUCUAUCAUGUGGAAUCUGGGGAUUUCUUGGAGUUCUCGGAAUCUAUUGGGGGUGGGAAGGUGAAACAGGGUGAUACCAUCGUGCUUUUACGAGGCGCUGGGAAGGUUUUGGAGAACUAA